GAACAAUGUCGUUAGCAGGCUAUUUCUUUGGCAAUGUUGACGAACAAGGAAGACUUGAGAGUGAUCUUGACGAUGAACUUAGAGAAACACUUUCAAGCGUUGACGCUGGUGUCAUUUCAAAAAUAUUUAGCGACGAUACAUUUGGUUUAGAACAUGCACAAGCAGUUGACGAAGAUGAAGAAGAAACUGUGAUAAGAUCUUCAAUUCCUACAGUUCAUUCUUCAGACGCUGUUGAUUAUUCAGAUUUUAAUGAAGCUGUGCCAGACGAUCCAAUGUUUUCCGAAAAAUAUUUCAGAAAAGGCAUGGGUGUCGUUCAAAAGAACUUGCCUCGGUCACGACUAUCUCUCGUAACUGAAAACUAUGACGAUGAAGAAGAAAGUGAAGUAGAGGAACAGCAAAAGAUAAAAGUAGAACAAGAAUUACCCACACUUUACACAGAGGACCAAAAGCAAAGACAGAUUGAUGUGAAGCAGCUGUUUCCUGGUUUUGAACAAGGAAAAGUAUUAAAGUUCUCAGAACUAUUCAUGACUCGAAUACAGAGGCCACCCAAGCUGCAGUCAAAUAAACGAAUCAUCUAUGGUGAUGGAUAUGAAUAUGAAGUAGAGCGCGAUGAUCGAUCAGUGUUUAUGAGAGCAAGUAAAUGGGAUCGUCUAAAACUGGAACAAGCCAAACAACCAAUCAAACGUAGAAGGAUUGAACAAACCGAUGAAGACGAAACGAGCAGCAGUAAUGAAAGUGAAAACGAAUAUAUGGAAGAUUUCCCUGAUAGGCCCGAUAUUGCAGAGAUACCUACAGCGGCUUUAGAUAACAACAAAACAUUUCAUUCAAUUAUGCUCGAAAAAUGGGAGGAAGACAUCAUUUGGGAUAAGGAAGACGAAGACAUGAUUGAUGAUGCUCAGACAACUGUUGUCAACAAACACUUGAACAUGCAACUAGAAGAAGGAGAUUGGUUACAGGCCAUUAUUUGGGAUAGAGAACGACCAUCAAACGAGAUAAUGAAGAUAACAUUAGACUUGAAUGAUCCAAAUAUGCUAUUUGAUGUAGAAGAGGUAGAGGCAACCAAAGAACUAUUGAUUCAACCAAAGCAUGUGAAGAAGGGUAGAAAGCCUAUACCAAAGCCUUUGCCAAAGAUUCAAAUAUACCACACUGAAAUUGAACCACACAACAAAUUACCUUUGAACCGCUUCAAUCUAUCGAAUGAUAAACAUUAUGAGACACAUCUUGCGGGGAGACUUGUCCGUGUACGUCAAACGUUUGGUCAACUAGUUGUACAGCAUGCCUUACCAGCAUUAAAACUGCAUCCUGCAUUAUACAAGUCAAAACUUUCAAAAGCAGAACUGCGAUCUUUCCACAGACCACUUAUCCAACUGCCGACUAACACUGACAUUCACUUUUCUCGGGUCAAGGCAAGCAAGAAAAAGAGAAGGGACAAAAAGAAGGGCUACAUCGAUGUUAUGCGAAGCACAAAAGACUUGACGCUCAAGGACAGUACCCCGUUUGUCCUCAUGGAAUAUUCUGAAGAGCAUCCUCCUAUCAUUUCAAAUAUGGGCAUGGGUACCUUGGUCGUAAACUAUUAUCGAAAGACAGAGCCAAAGGAUGAACAUGUGCCCAAUCUUGAUAUUGGAGAACCAUUUGUUCUUGAUAUCGGAGACACGUCACCCUUUAUGAACUUUGGUAAUGUUGAGCCUGGCCAGACAAUUCCAGUCUAUUAUAACAACUUGAUUCGUGCGCCCUUGUUUCGACAUGAAGUCAAGCACACUGACUUUUUGCUUAUCAAGAGUACCUAUAAGGGACAGACCAAAUACUAUCUUCGUGAAAUUCCUGCCAUCUUUACGAUUGGUCAAUCCUAUCCUGUACAAGAAGUCCCUGGCCCACACUCACGAAAGGUGACAACGAUCAUCAAGAACAGACUGCAAGUGGUUGCCUAUCGAUUGAUCAAGCGAAACCCUCUACACCGAUUAAAGAUGGGCAAGCUUGCACAAAAAUUCCCAGAGUAUUCGGAUAUACAGAUCAGACAGAGACUUAAGGAAUUUUUGGAGUUUCACAGAAGAAACAAAGACGGAGGCGGGGGAUACUGGAAGACCCGCGGAGGGGCAGAUCCACCUGAUGAAGAAGAACUUCGUAAGAUGGUGACACCUGAAAUGAUUUGUUUGUAUGAGAGUAUGUUGGUAGGUGAACGUCACUUGCAGGACCUUGGUUAUGGUGACAUGAACGACGAAGAUGAAACGGGUGAAGGUGACUCGAACUUGGAAGUAGAACAACAGUUAGCACCUUGGUUCUCGACUCGAAACUUCAUCAAUGCCGCACAAGGAAAAGCUAUGUUGAAGCUCUAUGGUGCAGGUGACCCAACUGGAAGAGGUGAAGGCUUUAGUUUUAUUCGUGUGUCGAUGAAGGAUAUCUUCUUGCGUGCGGGUGAAUCAGCAGAAGAAAAACUGGCUCAAAUCAAGGCUAGGCCCAAGAGUGCACAUAGAUAUAAUGUCGCUGAACAGCAACAAAUCUACAGGGAAGAAAUCGCUCGUAUCUGGAAGGCGCAGUUGGACUCUUUGAGUAAUCCGGUUGAACCUGAAUUGACAGAUCAAGAAGAAGAGGAAAGGGAUACUGAUCAAGUGUACAGUCCUUCAACGUCUGAGUAUGAUUGGCAUCGUGGUGGCCCAUCAACACCCUCUUAUCACCGCAGCAGAUUUGAUAGAGCGACCUCGGAACUUUAUGACGACGAAGAUGACGUGUCAGUGACAGGCAGUUUAAGCUCGAGCUAUCACGUCAACAAUCAAAACAAGUAUUUGAUCAUCAGACGUUUGAUUACACAAAAGAAUGGAGAAAAGACAUGGCAACAAGAGGUUGUGCGUGAUCCAGUUGUUAUCAAGUCAUACUUGAGACAAAGACAAAUGAUUGAAGAAGAAGCUACAAGUGCUGAAGGAAUCGACCCUAAUGAUGAUGAUGAAAAGACUGCACGUAUGAAGAAACGUAUUCAAGAUCAAUUGGCUAAACUGAAACGUAAUGCCGAAAGAAGAAGACAACGUCAACUGGCCAAACAAGCUGCUUUAGCAGAGAACCCUGUCUUGGGUCUCAUCAGAGGAAAACGUGAAGGCGCGAUGCGUCGUUGUGGUAACUGUGGCCAACUUGGACAUAUGAAAACCAACAAGAACUGUCCCAACUUUUAUUUAAUGAAUGAUCCAAUACGCUCUCUAACAGAACUCCCAGCCACUCUUCCCACUGAUACUGCAAAUACGAUAUCUAUUAGUUCACCAUCCAAUGUAAAUGAAACUCAUGGUCAUUAAGUCCCUUUAUGUAAAAAAUAAAAAUAAAAAUAUUACGGCGUUUGUUCAUAUACUGAGAGGGUAAAUGAACUACGGAUUACAAAAUUGAGACACAGACAUAGCAUUAGUAAAGAAGCUUGAAUUUCAAUGAAUAUAUAUACAUACCCAUGCCAAAUUGAGAAGAGGAAGAAUAGGCGAGAAGUGAAAGAGCUAGUUUCUGGUCUAUUUAUUUGUCAAAUUGAGUCUUCCCCGAAGUAAUGAAGUCGACGGCUUUAUGCCUGUCUACGUUUCUUUUGCGAAAAGUGAACGGCGAGGUCUUCAAAUUUGUCAGAAAUAUACUUCAUUUUGCUUUUUUCAGCAAUUUCUGAUUCUAUCUGUAAUAUCCUUGUGCCACCAUUCUGUUUGGCU